AUGUCGUCCAAGCUCUUUCAGCCGCUGAAGGUCGGCCAGGCCCAGUUGUCUCACCGCGUGGUGAUGGCGCCCCUCACCCGAUUCCGCUUCGACGCAGACCACAUCCCGCUCGACAUCGCCCUUGAGUACUACACCCAGCGCGCCGCCGUCCCCGGGACCCUCAUCAUCGCCGAGGCCGUGCUUAUCUCUCCGGAGCACGGCGGCUUCCCCAACGCGCCGGGCAUCUGGAACGAGCGCCAGAUUGCCGGUUGGAAGAAGAUCACGGAUGCGGUACACGAAAAGGGCAGCAACAUCUAUGCGCAGCUUAUCGCACCCGGUCGCGCUGCCGUCGUCCCCGUCCUGGAGAAAGAGGGCGGCCAUCCUCUCCUAAGUUCCAGCGCCGUCCCGAUUAGCCCCGAGUCUCCCGUCCCCCGUGAGAUGACGGCUGAGGAGAUUGCCGCUGCUAUCAAGGACUUUGCGCAGGCUGGGAAGAACGCAAUCGCGGCUGGCUUUGACGGCAUCGAGGUCCACGGCGCGAACGGCUACCUUGUUGACCAGUUCCUUCAAGAUACUUGCAACCAGCGCACGGAUCAAUGGGGUGGAAGCGUCGAGAAUCGGGCCAAAUUUCCCGUGGAUGUUGCUGCUGCGCUGGUCGAAGCGAUUGGCGGCGAUAAGGUCGGAUUCCGUAUCAGCCCUUACAGCACUUUCCAGGCCAUGGGGAUGCAGGAUUCCGUACCUCAAUUCUCUUAUCUCGCGCAGAAGUUAAAGGAGCUUAAGCUUGCCUAUCUGCACGUCAUUGAGUCCCGCGUCAACAACUGGGAGGAUGUUGAGAAGAUCGAGAGCAUUGAGUUCCUCUUGGAGAUUUGGAAUAAUGUUUCGCCCGUUCUUGUCGCAGGCGGAUUUUCCCCUGAGCUGGCUCAAAAGGCUGUUGACGAGGAAUAUGCUAAGUGGGAUGUUGCUGUGGUCUUCGGCCGUCAUUUCCUGGCAAACCCGGACCUGCCAUUCCGCAUCAAGCACAGCCUGCCACUGAACAAGUACGACCGCGACACAUUUUACACGCCUUCCAUUCCGCAAGGUUACACAGACUAUCCUUUUCACCCUGCUUUCAAGCCGGGCAAGCCAUUGGCAUAG